AUGUCUCUCUACAGGCAGGUCUGCGACACCCGCCCCUACCUGCCGUGUGACGUGAGGUGCCCCGCACCCUACACCGAUGCCUGGAACGAGCCCUGCGUCACCUCCUGCGGGGACUCCCGCGCCGUGGUCUACCCGCCGCCCGUGGUCGUCACCUUCCCGGGCCCCAUCCUCAGCUCCUGCCCCCAGGAGAGCUUUGUGGGCACCUCAGCACCCCUGUGGCUGAGCAGCCCCUUUCGCCAGAGCAACUACCUGGGCGCCGGCAGCUCCUUUGGGUCCGGCAUCUCCCAGGGCAGUGGCUACUCCCACAAGUCCACGACCUACCGCCGUGGGACCUGUGGGCCCUGCUAA